UUAUUUCCUCUUUGGAAUAUUAUUUUUAAAUGUCACUUAUCACAUAUAUUUGAUCGAAGUAGUCUUCAUUUUGUAAGAAAAUGAACAGCUUUUUGUUGAAUUCCAGAGGGCUUCUAAAGAAUCUUCUCCAUUGGAUUCUUGUUUUAUGCAUAAGCUCUAGCUUACAAUCAUCCACAAUGGCAGCUGCUACAGAUAACCAUGGAAAUGUCACUGACAGACUCGCUUUACUCGACUUCAAGAACCUAAUAACUGAAGAUCCUCUUCAUAUCAUGAGUUCUUGGAAUGAUUCAGUCCAUUUCUGCAAUUGGUUUGGAGUUUCUUGCAACACUUCAAAUGACAGAGUGAUAUCUUUGAAGUUAGAAACUAAAAAAUUAGCAGGCUCGAUACCGCCUUCUAUAGGGAAUCUCACAUUCCUUACAGCGAUCAGUUUAUUUGACAACAUCUUUUCUGGUGAUCUUCCUCAAGAAAUGGGGCGUUUAUGGCGGUUGCAGAUUUUAAACUUGACUUACAAUUCCUUUAGUGGGAAAAUUCCAUCUAAUCUCACUCAUUGUAAAGAACUUACGGUAUUUGAAGCAUCAGGCAACAAUUUUAUAGGAGAGAUUCCAAUACAGCUUAACGUAUUAUCUAAAUUGGUUGUUCUUGGUCUUGGAAGAAACAACUUGACAGGAACAAUUCCAACUUGGAUAGGGAACUUUUCUUCUCUAUUUGCUCUAGUACUUGCAGUAAACAAUUUUCAUGGAAAGAUUCCUGAUGAGAUUGGCCGGUGUUCAGGAUUAGGGUUUUUUCAACUUUAUGGAAAUUAUCUUUCUGGUAUAGUCCCUUCUUCAAUUUACAAUAUUUCUUCUAUUUACUUUUUCUCUGUUGCUUCAAACAUGCUUCAUGGGCAAUUACCACAAGAUGUUGGCUCGAAAUUUCCUAGUCUUCAAAUAUUUGCUGGUGGUGCUAACAAUUUUACAGGAACUAUUCCUAUUUCAUUGCCAAAUGCUUCUAAUCUUCAGGUUAUUGAUUUUGCUCAAAAUGGUCUAGUUGGGAAGAUCCCCAGUUCUUUACAAAUGUUGCAGAGGUUAGUUAGACUUAAUUUUGAUGGUAACAAUUUGGGAUAUGGAGAAAUUGAUGACUUGAAUUUUUUUAGUUCUUUAUCUAAUUGCACUAAUUUAGAAGUGUUGGGUUUGGGAAGAAAUCAUUUUGGAGGUGAAUUGCCUAGCUCCAUAGCCAAUCUUUCUCAGCAGUUACAAAUUUUUACUUUAGGAGAGAAUUUGAUUCGUGGAAAUAUCCCUAUUGGGAUUGCAAACCUAAUUAACUUGGACACACUUGGAUUGGAAGGCAACAAGUUAAGUGGAAAUUUACCUACUGUAAUUGGGAAACUGCAGAAAUUACAGGGUUUGGAUUUGAAUUCUAACAGACUGUCUGGAUCAAUCCCAUCUUCCAUAGGCAACUUGACUAGACUGGCAUGGCUUUUCAUGGAGGAAAAUAGAUUUGAAGGAAGCAUACCUAAAAGUUUAGGGAAAUGUCAAAAUCUUCAAAAGCUAAACUUGUCAAGUAAUAAUCUUAAUGGAAGCAUACCCAAAGAAGUCAUUGGUCUUUCUUCCUUGUCAAUAUCAUUGGUCUUGUCUAAUAAUUUCUUGAUUGGUUCCAUACCAAUAGAAGUAGGUAAUUUACAUAAUGUCAUGGAGUUGGAUUUGUCAGAGAACAAAUUGUCUGGUGAAAUUCCUAGCUCUCUUGGAAGUUGCACAAGCUUGGAACACCUCCGUUUGAGGAGAAAUAAAUUUGGAGGAAAAAUUCCUGAUUCUUUGAGAAAUUUAAGAGGUAUAGUUGAACUUGAUCUAUCCUGCAACAACUUCUCAGGAAAGGUUCCUGAAUUUCUUAGCAAGUUAUUGUCUCUCAAGAAUCUCAAUCUAUCUUACAAUGACUUUGAUGGCAAGUUGUCAACAGAAGGUGUAUUUGCAAAUGCAAGUGCCAUUUCUGUAAUUGGAAAUGAUAGGCUCUGUGGUGGUAUUCCUAAUUUACUUUUGCCUAAAUGCUCAAAAGAACAGAGAGGAAAACGAGUUACCCUACAAGUGGUAAUCUUUUCAACAAUCGCAGCAAUCUUUGCCUUCCUUGUAUUAUGUUUUGCUUCUAUGUUCUGCAUGGUGAGAAAUUCGAGAAAGAAACGUUUAGCUUCACCUCCUAUAGAGGAAUGGCAAGUUGGUAUGUCUUAUUCAGAAGUUAUAAAAUCAACUGAUGGCUUCUCUGCUGAAAAUUUUAUAGGUUCAGGAAGUUUUGGUUCUGUAUAUAAAGGAGUUUUAUCUGGUGAUGGAGAAAUUGUUGCUAUUAAGGUUUUAAACCUUCAACAAGAAGGAGCUUCGAGGAGUUUCAUUGAUGAAUGCAAUGCUUUGCGAAGCAUAAGGCACCGAAAUCUUCUCAGAAUCAUCACCAUUUGCUCAACUAUUGACCAUCAAGGCAAUGAUUUUAAAGCGCUUGUUUUUGAGUUUAUGCCUAAGGGAAGUUUGGAUGAGUGGUUGCAUUCCAGAGGAGAUGAACAAGCUAGAACAAAGAGAUUGAGCUUUAUUCAAAGAUUGAAUAUAGCAAUUGAUGUUGCUUCUGCACUGGAUUAUCUGCAUCACCAGUGUGAAACUACAAUCGUUCACUGUGAUCUAAAGCCAAGCAAUAUACUUCUCGAUGAAGAUAUGACAGCUCAUGUUGGAGAUUUUGGAUUGGCGAGGUUUCUACUUGAAGCAUCAAAAAACCCCUUCAAAUUUGAAGCAAUUUCAGUUAGCUUAAAGGGUUCAAUUGGCUACAUUGCUCCAGAGUAUGGAUUAGCUGGAGAGGUCUCUGUGCUUGGAGAUGUUUACAGUUAUGGAAUACUAUUGCUGGAGAUGUUUACAGGAAAGAGGCCUACCGAUGACAUGUUCAAAGAUGGUCUAAGCAUUGACAAGUUUGUGGAAAUGGCUUUGCCAGGACAUGCCAUGGAUGUUAUUGACCCAACAAUGCUUGUCGAAGAAGAAGAUGAUGACGAUGAGACAAAUGAAGAUGGCAGAGACGAAAAGGCAAUAAUUAAAGACAUUGAUGCGCAGAACAGUACAAUUAAAAUAGAGGAAUGUCUGACCUCAACACUCAGAAUUGGACUCGCAUGUUCUUCGACAUCUCCUACAGAGCGAAUGGCUAUGAACUUUGUUGUCCAUAAAUUGCAUGAUAUUAGAAAUUCAUUUCUUGGAUCCAAGAGAAAAAGCAGAAAGAUGAUGAGAUAAAUGUUAACCAGACACAUCUCUGGUUUGACAUCUGCUGUAUACAGCUGCUGUAUAAUACUCUAAAUAAUUGAAAUUUUUCCUUCCUUCUUCCAA